CACAAUUGCCUGUUUACCAUCCAGGCGUUUCGAACUCAUCCCUUCCACUGAAAUAUGUGAGCAAUGAACACAUACACAUACCUCCACCACCCGAUUCCCCACCGAUGAGUUCCAACGAGCUAUGAACAAUGAGCCCACUCCAACCCCAGCGGCCCUGCCCAAUCCCAAUACCACUGCAGAAGACUCCCUAGAUGCGCCAGAAGCAGUUACACCACCACCACAAAAUGCGCUCUCACCAGUUCAGAAGCGUUUCCAGGCUCAGAUCACAAAGAAGUUGGAGUUUAUCGACGGGAUGAUAAAGAAUCUGGAUAUGCUCAUCUUCACGGAGAUUUGUAUCCUGUAUUAUAUGGAGUAUGUCUCGCCUUGUAAACCCAAAGAAGGUUUGGUAUCCGGGAAUGAAGUCUAAUGCUUGAAUAGUUGCUCCAUGUUCCGAUUUCUCAUGCGCGGUAUUCUACAACUGAUAUUCCUUACCCCGAAACCACCCUCACUUCCGUCCUCACCACCCCACCGACCAUUCCUAUGGAUCAUAUUUGGUCCCAACCUCUUUUGCGCACUUCUCCACCUCCUUUCAUCCCGACCAGAAGCUGGGGAAAGUAUGCGAGGCUAUUUACACGGAGGGAUAAUGAUCGAUAUCAUAGGACAAAAAGGACCAACCUCAAAGGUCCAUUUGCUUAUACUGGAUAUCCUAGUGCUGGGAUUACAGUGCUUUAUGCUAUCAGUGAUCGUUGAGAAAGAAAGGUUGACGAAAGUCAUGAAGGCUUAUACAACCCCAAAUAGCUCAGGAAACGCAACACAGACUAUUAUUCCUACAGCGCAGGAUCACGACGCCGAGGAAAGAGGGGUAGCCAGGGAUUCUGUCACGGAAAAUGGGGAUAUUGAACUACAACCCCUCACGAAUCGAGGAAACGAAGCCUCUUCAGAAGAGAAUGAAGAAACAAAUGACGAUCGGGCCAGGCUAUUAGCAGAGCCCGCUCCACGAGAAGACAGAGGCGAUGGUUUGGAUACUUUUUGGUCUGGGAGGGCGAUUAUUGCAGAUUUGCAUAUAUUGAAUACCCUCAGAAGGCAAUGGAACGACUAUGGAGUUAUAAAUGGGAACGGGACGGCUGCAGAAGCUGCUUUACAAAACGUUGGAUUUCGUGCUGAGGUUGCAGCGAUUAGAGCCAACAGGACUAUGAGGCUUAACGCGGCCUCUCUGCGAUUCCAAAGUGGGGUACAAUCUUUAGUUUGAGCUGUUCAUGUAUAAUAUCUUUCUCCACUUGGCUGGAAUGUAAUAAUAAGCGGU